CAUGUGUGGCAGGGAGGCAUCUGGAUUCUAUUACAUGUGGACAGGCCAACAUUAUUCAAGUGGCUGAAAAUAACCUUUUAUUUGUCGCAGCAUGCAAAAGGGGGGAGAGUUCAGCUCGGCUAAUGCAACUAAAUGGAUACAACGGCUAACAUUAGACGGCCUCCUCAACAUCUGAUGAACCAACAAGUCCAGAGGGUGAGGAGGCAGUUGAGUGAUGAGAAGAGGGAGACCUUGGAGAGAGGCCAGCCAAUCCAACACCUACUUAGGGGCAGGUGUAGACAUACCCCCCACACCGCCGGCCAAGAUGGUGGCCCUGUCCCUGAAGAUCUGCAUCCGCCAGUGCAACCUGGUGAAGACCAUGCAGUUUGAGCCGUCCACGGCCAUCUACGACGCCUGCAGAAUCAUCAGAGAGAGGGUUCCCGAAGCCCAGACUGGACAAGCCUCAGACUACGGUCUGUUCCUUUCUGAUGAGGACCCCAGGAAAGGCAUCUGGCUGGAGUCAGGAAGAACUCUGGAUUAUUACAUGCUGCGGAAUGGGGAUAUCCUUGAUUACAAGAAGAAACAGAGGCCAUUGAAGAUCAAGAUGCUGGAUGGAGCUGUGAAAACCAUCAUGGUGGACGACUCCAAAACAGUGGGAGAGCUGCUAGUGACGAUAUGCAGUAGAAUAGGAAUCACCAACUACGAGGAGUACUCUCUGAUCCAGGAGGUAAUGGAGGAGAAGAAGGAAGAUGGGACGGGCACCCUGAAGAAAGACAGGACUCUACUCCGAGAUGAGAGGAAGAUGGAGAAACUCAAAGCCAAGCUUCACACAGAUGACGACUUGAACUGGCUUGACCACAGCAGAACGUUCCGUGAGCAGGGGGUGGAGGAGACCGAAACUCUUCUGCUCAGGAGGAAGUUCUUCUACUCAGACCAGAACGUGGACUCACGAGACCCGGUCCAGCUCAACCUGCUCUACGUCCAGGCACGAGAUGACAUCCUAAAUGGUUCUCACCCUGUGUCCUUCGACAAGGCCUGUGAGUUUGCAGGGAUUCAGGCUCAGAUCCAGUUUGGGCCGCACAUAGAACACAAACACAAGCCUGGAUUCCUAGACCUCAAGGAGUUUCUACCUAAAGAAUAUAUCAAGCAGCGAGGGAAUGAAAAGAAAAUCUUUCAGGACCACAAGAACUGUGGUGAGAUGACAGAGAUAGAAGCUAAAGUAAAGUACGUGAAGCUAGCCAGGUCCCUAAGGACAUACGGAGUGUCUUUCUUCCUGGUGAAGGAGAAGAUGAAGAGUAAGAAUAAGCUGGUCCCCAGGCUGUUGGGGAUAACCAAAGAGUCAGUGAUGAGGGUGGAGGAGAAGACCAAAGACGUGGUGCAGGAGUGGCCCCUCACCACUGUAAAGAGAUGGGCCGCCUCGCCCAAGAGCUUCACCCUGGAUUUUGGGGAGUACCAGGAGAGCUACUACUCAGUCCAGACCACUGAGGGAGAACAAAUCUCUCAGCUCAUCGCUGGAUACAUCGACAUCAUCCUCAAAAAGAAGCAAAGUAAAGACCGUUUUGGUUUAGAAGGAGAUGAAGAAUCCACCAUGCUGGAAGAAUCCGUCUCCCCUAAGAAGUCGACGAUCCUGCAGCAGCAGUUUAACCGUGUGGGUCGUGUGGAGCAUGGCUCUGUGGCUCUACCAGGGGUGAUCAGGUCUGGCUCUAUAGGAGCAGAGUCUCUCAGCAUGGGCACCAUGCCUUCUGCACAGCAACAGGUCAUCAUGGGACAGAUGCACCGAGGACACAUGCCACCACUGAGCUCGGCCCAGCAGGCCCUGAUGGGGACCAUCAACACCAGUAUGCAGGCAGUACAGCAGGCACAGGCUGAUCUGGGGGAGGUGGACAACCUGCCUCCUCUGGGACAGGACAUGGCGUCCAAGGUGUGGAUCCAGAACAAGGUGGAUGAGUCCAAACAUGAGAUCCACUCCCAGGUGGACGCCAUCACCGCAGGAACAGCUUCUGUGGUCAACCUCACCGCUGGUGACCCGACAGACACAGACUACACCGCAGUGGGCUGUGCCAUCACCACCAUCUCCUCCAACCUGACAGAGAUGUCUAAGGGUGUGAAGCUACUGGCUGCUCUUAUAGAGGACGACACGGGAGGGAGCAAUGACCUUAUGGGUGCCGCUAGGAACCUUGCUGGGGCCGUCUCUGACCUGCUCAAGGCUGUGGAGCCUGCCUCCGGAGAGCCCCGUCAGACAGUGCUGAGUGCAGCAGGCAGUAUAGGCCAGGCCAGUGGGGACCUGCUGCUUCAGAUAGGAGAGAACGAGUCAGACGAGAGGUUCCAGGAGGUGCUGAUGAUCCUGGCCAAGGCGGUGGCCAACGCGGCAGCCAUGAUGGUGCUGAAGGCCAAGAACGUGGCCCAGGUGGCAGACGACACGGUCCUACAGAACAGAGUCAUCGCUGCUGCCACACAGUGUGCCCUCUCCACCUCCCAGCUGGUGGCCUGUGCCAAGGUGGUGAGUCCCACCAUCAGCUCCCCAGUGUGCCAGGAGCAGCUGAUUGAGGCAGGGAAGCUGGUGGACCGCUCAGUGGAGGGCUGUGUCCAGGCCUGUCUUUCUGCCACAGUCGAUGGGGAGAUGCUGAAGCAGGUGAGUGCUGCAGCCAGUGUUGUCGGUCAGGCCCUGGGGGACCUGCUGGAGCACGUAUGCCACUACGGCUCCCACGGCGAGCCCAUUGGUCGCUACGACCAGGCCACAGACACCAUCAUGACCGUAACAGAGAGCAUCUUCAGCUCCAUGGGAGACGCAGGAGAGAUGGUUCGUCAGGCCAGGGUCCUGGCCCAGGCCACCUCUGACCUGGUGAAUGCCAUGCGGUCAGAUGCUGAGGUGGAAGUGGAUGUUGACAACUCUAAAAAGCUUCUUGCUGCAGCUAAACUACUGGCAGACGCCACAGCCAGGAUGGUGGAGGCUGCUAAGGGCGCAGCGGCAUACCCAGAGAACGAGGACCAGCAGCAGAGACUGAGGGAGGCGGCUGAGGGGUUGCGCGUGGCCACCAACGCUGCAGCUCAGAACGCCAUCAAGAAGAAGCUCAUUAACAGGCUAGAGAAUGCCGCCAAGCAAGCUGCUGCUGCAGCCACCCAGACUAUCGCUGCCUCCCAGAAUGCAGCAGCCUCCAACAAGAACACUGCCGCACACCAGCAAUUGGUGCAGAGCUGCAAGGCCAUGGCAGACCACAUUCCCCAGCUGGUCCAGGGAGUAAGGGGCAGCCAGGCCCAGCCUGAAGACCUCACUACCCAGCUAGCCCUCAUCAUCACCAGUCAGAACUUCCUACAGCCUGGCAGUAAGAUGGUGACAUCAGCGAAGUCGUCUGUUCCCACGGUGAUGGACCAGGCCGCUGCUAUGCAGCUGGGUCAGUGUGCCAAGAACCUGGCCACCAGCCUGGCAGAGCUCAGAACCGCAGCACAGAAGGCCCACGAAGCCUGCGGCCCCAUGGAGAUCCACUCAGCUCUCACAGCCGUCCAGACUCUGAAGACUGAGCUCCAAGACGCCAAGAUGGCUGCCAUAGACAUGCAGCUGAAACCACUACCUGGAGAAUCGAUGGAGAAGUGUGCUCAGGACCUGGGCAGCACCUCCAAGUCUGUGGGAUCCUCCAUGGCUCAGCUGCUCACCUGUGCUGCACAGGGCAAUGAACACUACACAGGGUUAGCAGCCAGAGAGACAGCCCAGGCCCUGAAGACUCUAGCCCAGGCAGCGCGGGGCGUGGCAGCCUCUACCACCAACCCUCAGGCAGCGGCGUCCAUGUUGGAUUCAGCCUGUAAUGUUAUGGAAGGUUCGGCCAUGUUGAUCCAUGAGGCCAAGCAGGCCCUGGUCUCUCCCGGUGACUCAGAGAGCCAGCAGAGGCUAGCCCAGGUGGCCAAGGCUGUGUCCCACUCUCUGAAUAACUGUGUCAACUGCCUGCCUGGCCAGAAGGAUGUGGACAUGGCCCUCAGGAGCAUUGGAGAGGCCAGCAAGAAACUGCUGGGAGAAACGCUCCCUCCAUCCACCAGGUCGUUCCAGGAGGCCCAGAUCGAGCUGAACCAGACCGCAGCAGAUCUGAACCAAUCAGCAGGAGACGUGGUCCACGCCUCCCGCGGCUCCAGCACCCAGCUCGCAGACGCAUCUGGGAAGUUCAGAGAAGACUUUGAUGAGUUCCUGGACGCCGGCAUUGAGAUGGCUGGGCACACUCAGAGGAAAGAUGAGCAGAUCCAGGUGAUGGGUAACCUGAAGAACAUCUCCAUGGCUUCCAGCAAGCUGCUCCUGGCAGCCAAGUCUCUGUCUGUAGACCCUGGGGCAGCUAACGCCAAGAACCUUCUGGCUGCUGCUGCAAGAGCAGUGACAGAGAGCAUUAACCAGCUAAUCACAUUGGCGACACAGCAGGCCCCGGGACAGAAGGAGUGUGACAAUGCCCUACGAGAGCUGGAGGCGGUGAAAGGAAUGUUAGCCAACCCCAACGAGCCAGUCAGCAACCUCUCCUACUUCCACUGCAUCGAGAGCGUCAUGGAGAACUCCAAGGUCCUGGGAGAGUCCAUGGCUGGCAUUUCUCACAACUGUAAAACCGGGGAUGUGCCAGCGUUUGGGGGCUGUGUGGGACUGGCCUCCAAGGCCCUGUGUGGGCUCACUGAGGCUGCAGGACAGGCCUCUUACCUGGUGGGCGUGUCUGACCCCAACAGUCAGGCAGGGCAUCAGGGGUUGGUCGACGCCAUCCAGUUUGCACGAGCCAAUCAGGCGAUCCAGAUGGCCUGUCAGAACCUGGUGGAUCCGGACAGCAGCCCCUCACAGGUGCUGUCGUCUGCCACCAUCGUAGCAAAGCACACAUCAGCUCUUUGCAACGCCUGUCGCCUGGCCUCCUCCAAGACAGCCAACCCCACAGCCAAGAGACACUUUGUCCAGUCUGCCAAGGAGGUGGCCAACAGCACAGCCAACCUGGUCAAAACUAUAAAGGCUCUGGAUGGUGAUUUCUCUCAGGAGAAUAGGAACACGUGUCUGGUGGCCACAGCUCCUCUCAUAGAGGCUGUUGAGAACCUCACAGCGUUUGCGUCUAAUCCAGAGUUCGCCAGCAGCCCUGCUCAGAUCAGCAAUGAAGGCUCUGCCGCUCAGGAGCCCAUCCUCCAAUCAGCUCGCUCCAUGCUGGACAGCUCCACCCACCUGCUGAAGACUGCACGUUCACUGGUUAUUAACCCCAAAGACCCACCCACCUGGUCGGUCCUGGCUGGCCACUCUCGGACUGUGUCCGACUCCAUCAAAGGUCUCAUCACGGCCAUCAGGGACAAGGCUCCAGGCCAGAGGGAGUGUGACUACUCCAUAGAUAACAUCAACAGAUGUAUCCGGAACAUUGAGCAGGCCUCGCUAGCCGCAGUCAGCCAGAACCUGGCCAGCAGGGAUGACAUCUCACUGGAGGCCUUGCAAGAGCAGCUGACGUCCACAGUACAAGAGAUUGGAUACCUAAUCGACCCAAUAUCUACAGCCGCCAGAGGGGAAGCUGCCCAACUAGGACACAAGGUGACCCAGCUGGCGGGCUACUUUGAGCCUCUGAUCAGGGCAUCGGUGGGCGUGGCGUCCAAGCUGCAGGACCACCAGCAGCAGAUGACCUUCCUGGACCAGACUAAGACCCUGGCAGAGUCCGCCCUGCAGAUGAUCUACGCAGCCAAGGAGGGAGGAGGAAACCCCAAGGCGUCCCAUACCCAUGAUGCCAUAGCGGAGGCUGCUCAGCUGAUGAGGGAGGCGGUGGAUGACAUCAUGGUGACCCUGAACGAGGCCGCCAGCGAAGGGGGUAUGGUGGGCGCCAUGGUGGACUCCAUUGCUGAGGCCAUGGGCAGGCUGGACGAGGGGACCUCUCCUGAACCAGAAGGAUCGUUUGUAGACUACCAGACUACCAUGGUGAAAUACUCCAAGGCCAUUGCGGUCACCGCCCAGGAAAUGAUGACCAAGUCUGUGACGUGUCCAGAGGAGCUGGGGGGUCUGGCCUCUCGGGUGACCACAGACUACAGCCAGCUGGCCCUGCAGGGACGUCUGGCCGCGCACACUGCAGAACCUCAGGAGAUUGGUUUCCAGAUCAAGGCUGGUGUCCAGGAGCUGGGUCACGGCUGUAUCUUCCUGGUGCAGAAGGCUGGAGCGCUGCAGAUCACCCCCUCAGACAGUUACACCAAGAGAGAGCUCAUAGAGUGUGCCCGCACCGUCACAGAGAAGGUGUCGAUGGUGCUGUCGGCCCUACAGGCUGGUAAUAAGGGCACUCAGGCCUGCAUCACAGCUGCCAGUGCUGUCUCUGGCAUCAUCGCUGAACUGGACACCACCAUCAUGUUCGCCUCCGCUGGCACACUCAACGCAGAGAAUGACGAGUCCUUCGCUGACCACAGGGAGAACAUAUUGAAGACAGCGAAGGCUUUGGUGGAGGACACUAAGAUGUUGGUGUCUGGAGCAGCGUCCGGUCAGGACAAACUAGCCCAAGCUGCCCAGUCCUCAGCUAAGACCAUCACACAGCUCACUGACGUGGUCAAACUGGGUGCCGCCAGCAUCGGCUCUGACGACCCAGAGACACAGGUGGUUCUGAUCAACGCAGUGAAAGACGUGGCCAAGGCCCUGGCUGAGCUCAUAGGAGCCACUAAGUGUGCUGCGGGCAAGGCUGCAGACGACCCUUCCAUGUACCAGCUGAAGAGUGCUGCCAAGUUGUCCCCCAGAGACAUGGCAGAAGUGAACGGGAUGCCUCCUCAGUCUGAUAUGUGCAUAAAGGGUGUUCUGGUGAUGGUGACCAACGUGACGUCCCUGUUGAAGACGGUGAAGGCUGUGGAGGACGAGGCCACGCGGGGGACCAGAGCCCUGGAGGCCACCAUUGAGUGUAUUAAACAGGAACUCACGGUGUUCCAGUCUAAAGACGUCCCGGAGAAGUCGACCACGCCUGAAGAGUUCAUCCGCAUGACCAAGGGCAUCACCACGGCAACAGCCAAAGCAGUGGCGGCUGGGAACUCUGCACGACAGGAGGAUGUGAUUUCCACAGCUAACCUGAGUCGCAAGGCCAUCUUCGACAUGCUGACCACAUGCAAGCAAGCAGCUUACCACCAGGAGGUGAACAAGGAUGUACGGAGCAGAGCACUGCUCUACGGGACAGAGUGCACCACAGGUUACAUUGACCUACUGGAGCAUGUGCUGCUGGUCCUCCAGGGGCCUACAGCAGAACAGAAGCAGCAGCUGGUGUUCUACUCUAAACGUGUUGCUGGGGCUGUUACCGAACUCAUCCAGACUGCUGAGGCCAUGAAAGGCACAGAGUGGGUGGACCCAGAGGACCCCACAGUGAUAGCAGAGACUGAGCUGUUGGGGGCGGCAGCUUCCAUCGAAGCAGCAGCUAAGAAACUGGAGCAGCUGAAACCCAGAGCCAAGCCCAAGCAAGCAGAUGAAACGCUGGACUUUGAGGAGCAGAUCCUGGAAGCAGCUAAGUCCAUCGCUGCGGCCACCAGUGCCCUGGUCAAGUCUGCCUCAGCUGCCCAGAGAGAGCUGGUGGCUCAGGGCAAGGUGGGCUCCAUUCCAGCUAAUGCAGUGGAUGAUGGUCAGUGGUCCCAGGGUCUCAUCUCAGCGGCCCGGAUGGUAGCAGCAGCCACCAGUAACCUGUGUGAGGCAGCUAAUGCCUCGGUCCAGGGCCAAGCCAGCGAGGAGAAGCUGAUCUCGUCAGCCAAGCAGGUGGCAGCCUCCACAGCCCAGCUCCUAGUGGCCUGUAAGGUUAAAGCUGACCAGGACUCUGAGGCCAUGAGGAGACUGCAGGCUGCUGGUAACGCAGUAAAGAGGGCGUCGGACAACCUGGUCCGAGCGGCCCAGAAAGCUGCGUUCCACAAGGCAGACGAUGACAACGUGGUGGUCAAGACCAAGUUUGUGGGAGGAAUCGCUCAGAUCAUAGCAGCCCAGGAGGAGAUGCUGAGGAAGGAGAGAGAGCUGGAGGAGGCCAGGAAGAAGCUGGCUCAGAUCAGACAGCAACAGUACAAGUUCUUACCCAGUGAACUACGGGAGGACGAGAACUGAGCUAUACCCUGCUGCAUUGCCAUGCUGCCGCUGCGUGUGUGUGUGUGUGUUGAGCGCAUUUGUACCUGUGUGUGUAUAUGUAUUAUGUUACCAAACACACGAGCGGUGGCCCAAAUUGACUUUCUCAGUGUGCAACAACGUUAAGUUGGCCUUUUAAUGUGCCCUCUCAACCAGUGGGGUCAAGCCCAGAAUGGGACAUGGAUAGCCACUGUCUACUACACCUGCAGGGGUCUUUAACUACCAGGAGUUGUCUACUACCACUAUGACUUGGCUUGUGACAGUCUAUUACCCUGCAUUACCUGCCAGUUAACCUACACUGGGAAAAAGUAUUCUCUAGAAGCAAUGGAUUUGUAACAGGUGAACAAGCUGAAAAAUGUGCAUCAUAACAGUUUGAAUGUUUAUCUCUAUGGAGCUAUACUUUUGAUGUGAUUAGAUACUAGUGUUGACAUUGAAUCUCCAAACUAAGGGGAUAUUUCUAGAUGUUAGUCUGGUCUUAACCUUUUGGCCGGACUUUCUUUCAUAAAGGAAGAAGGGUGUGAUAUGUUAGGUGCAUACAGUACAUUAGGCAUUUACACACACAUUACUAUUCAUUUCCUGUUUUAUGAGACAAGUGAGAAGUUCUAGCAUUUCCUAGAUAUUACUAGUGUUUGAAAUUCCACACUUGGGUGAUUUGACACUUAUGUCACCUUGUGGUCUAUAAAUAUAUAUAUGUCUCCUCCUUGUCAGACAGCAAGUAAUUCAGACAGUUGAGGUGUUUGGAGCAUAUUGAAGAAUAGCUUAUGGAUCUUAUUUCAGGGAACCAUUUUUUGUUGCAUUGACCGAUCGGCUUGCGUUGACACUUUAAAUAAUCCUUGUUUAGAUGUGCUCUUGACACUGAAGAUUGAAAUGUGCCUAGUGUUGAUAAACGCUUAAAUUUGCAUCUAAUUGCUAGAGACCUCUUUAUAACAACCUCUUAUGAUGCAUUACAAUCUAGUACUUUAUUAUUUCUGUGAUUUGGAGGCGAAGUUACUACAGAAUAAAAUUUUUAGCAAGUUAAGAUACUCUGACAUUUACAAUAAGCUUAAAUUGUCUCAUCCCUUCCACUACUACAGAUCUCCUAGCCCUGCAUAACCUGGACUGUGGACAGUCAGUUAACUGGCUUCCUUCUACUAUUCUCAUUAGUUUACAGUUGAUAUUGAGCCAUACAGUUGGAACUGAUGUUCAUGAAGCAAUACUAUGAAGGCGCUGUAGGGGGCAGUGUUGGUGUCCUCACAGCCUCCUGACAUGCAAUGUAAUGAAGUAACCUCUUGCUUGAUCUUUUCAAACACUACAAACACUGCACCUCUGAAAACCGUUCAGAUACUGUAAGAAAAAACACUAAUGUAGGAAACAACUGCUGGUCUUGAAAAUGUAUUGUGAUUUAAGUAGGAGUUUUUUUAAUACAUCCAGGCAAUCUGAAAAUAUUCUCAUUGAUAAAGAGUGAUUUCUCUACAACUCAUAAUGCAAGUGAAAUGGACGGCUCUGAUAUUGUAAUACCCCAGACCUCUUGAAUGAAUGUAAAGUGGUAAAUCUUUGUUGACUUUACACAAUGUACUGUGCUUCUGAUGGUUACCCCUGCUGUCUUACACGGGGCAGAGUCCCCCAUCCCUCCAUAGGGGCCUGUUGGACCACUACAGUGGAUCACGUCCUGUUGUUGUUCACCUGUUGAAUCCGUCUCACUCUUACUCUAAUGGUGCUUUGUGUAACUGUACUGGGAAGUGCUACUAUUGCACUAUAUUUACCUUCUGUUUGCCAGGCUUGUGUUCAUUAUGCACCGAAAGGAGGAAAUCGGAGGAGGGAUUACCUAGAAUUGUCCAAUAGAACAACAAAGAAAUCCUAAUGAACACAACCCAGGUUUGGUUCUAGCGUUUGGUUUUACUAGUUUUAUGGACAGUCAGUGAGUGUCGGUUAGCAAACAAAUCAUUAUUGUGGGGUAAUGUUCUGUCAGUCAUAUGCAUGGCUUCUGGGUUCUAUUAUUUUCGAAACAGAAAAUACAUCUACACGACGCACUGAAUGGUAUUGGUAUUCUGAACUGCACAUAUGGACAAUAACCCCUAACAAACUGCAAACGGCCCAUGUUAAACAUGUUUUACUCCGUGUUGAUGUGUAACAGUAGGCUCUACAGUUCAAACGCUGGUACAGUUCUGUCAGAGUUCACGCAUCUGGUCGUUGUAGUAUUAUGUCAUUAGUGCCUUAGUCUCCAGCUCAUACAGCGUCUGGUCUGCUUGUGACAACUUAUCUAGCUGGAUAAAGGAGUGUGGUUGGUAUCAAUGAGUAGGGCCUUGAGUUGUUCCUGUCAUAGCCUAUUACCAAUACUUUUAGGUCCCAUAGAGAUGAAAAACACGGCCUCACAGGUACUACUACGUUGUCCUAUAAACUGUACCUCUGUCCCCAUCUUUCUGCCUGAUGCACCCAUGGCAUUGAGGGCAGAGACGAAUGUGUCGCUGUGUAAAAAGUACCAUCACUAUAUGUAUAUGAUAUAUAUGAAGACAACACAUUUUUGUACUGCAUUCCAUGGGCAUGUAUAAAGAUGCUUCUGAACUCUAUCUAUGACAGAAUGGAGUCUGUCGUUUGGUUAUUGUAUUUUACAAGUAAAUCAUAGGAUUCACACACUCUGGACAAUAGGUCUGUACUCUGCUGUCUCACAAAAGUUUUAUGGAUUGAUUUAUUUUUUCUCUCUUUUAAGCCACGAGGAAUAUUUUUUUAAGGAUAAAUGUGAUAAGGAUAUUAAUAUGUAUAGCUGUCACUGUUAAUGUAGUGUGACACACUUCAAUGGUAGGGAGAAACUGUUCAUACCUGUGUGUUUGUCCCAUAAUGAAUUCAAUGAUAAUUAAAGUACA